CAGCAACAACAGUUAGUCAGACACCUCGGUAGCUUGCAAGACAAAUUAGACGAACCAAUAAAGUUAUUUCGACGCUUAAGUGUUUAUUAGCCUCUGUGUUUAAAACCACUCCUGUCGUCUAGUUAGUUAUCCGAUUUAAUUUCAUAUUUACGGUGUUGUUAUUAUUAGUCAGCUAGCGGGCUGGUUAAGUUAGCAUUAGCCUAGCUAGCUAACAUCCCCGACCAUGCGGUCACUAAGCUACUCCUCUGCUAAAGAAGAGAAGGGCUGCUGGACGGAGGAAGAGGAGGCUGUUACAAUACAACAACAAGUAGAGGGUGAGGCUGUUACAGUGAAAAAAGAAGAGAAAGACGUUUCAGUGAAAGAAGAGGAAGACUCGUUCAGAGUGAAAGAAGAGGAGGUUGUUACAGUAAAAGGAGAGAAGGAUGAAUGUUAUGGUGUGAAAGAAGAGGCGGAGGAGAUGACUGUUACAUCCACAAAGGAGGAGGAAACUGGAUAUCUGGGCCCGGUUUCCCAAACGCAUCUUAAGGGGUCCAAUGGUUCUAACGGUGAACGGGCCCUGAUUAACACUAGUCGCAGUUGUAAAUGCGAACUUGUUCUCGACUGGCCUACCUGGUUAAAUAAAGGAGAGAGUGGGGACUAUCGUGGAUCCUCUGGGGAUACUCAACAACCUCAUGAUGCUGAAGAGACAGAGAUGAGUCUCUCCAGAUCAAAACACCUCAAGAAACACCUGCAGAGAUCCACAGGGAAGAGAACUCACUGCUGCUCUGACUGUGGGAAGAGAUUUACCUUAUCAGGCAUUAAAAUUCAUCAGAGAACACACACAGGAGAGAAACCUUAUAGCUGUGGUCAAUGUGGGAGGAGUUUUAGUCAAUCUGGAGAUCUGACAGUGCACCAGAGAAUACACACAGGAGAGAAACCUUAUAGCUGUGAUCAAUGUGGGAAGAAUUUUAGUCAAUCUGGAGAUCUGACAGUGCACCAGAGAAUACACACAGGAGAGAAACCUUAUAGCUGUGAUCAAUGUGGGAAGAGUUUUAGUCAAUCUGGAGAUCUGACAGUGCACCAGAGAAUACACACAGGAGAGAAACCUUAUAGCUGUGAUCAAUGUGGGAGGAGUUUUGUUCAAGCAAGCCAUCUGACAGUGCACCGGAGAAUACACACAGGAGAGAAACCUUAUAGCUGUGAUCAAUGUGGGAAGAGUUUUAGUCAAUCUGGAGAUCUGACAGUGCACCAGAGAACACACACAGGAAAGAAACCCUAUAUUUGUGGUCAAUGUGGGAAGAGUUUUGUUAGAUCUGACCAGCUGACAUUACACCACAGAACACACACAGGAGAGAAACAUUUUAGCUGUGGUCAAUGUGGGAGGAGUUUUACUACAUUUAGCUAUCUGACAGUACACCAGAGAAAACACACAGGAGAGAAACCUUAUAGUUGUGAUCAAUGUGGGAGGAGUUUUACUUCAUCAAGCUAUCUGACAGUACACCAGAAAAAACACACAGGAGAGAAACCUUUUAGCUGUGGUCAAUGCGAGAGGAGUUUUACUACAUCUAGCUAUCUGACAGUACACCAGAGAAAACACACAGGAGAGAAACCUUAUAGCUGUGAUCAAUGUGGGAGGAGUUUUUCUACAUCUAGCAAUCUGACAGUACACCAGAGAAAACACACAGGAGAGAAACCUUAUAGCUGUGAUCAAUGUGGGAAGAGAUUUGCUACAUCUGGCCACCUGACUCAACACCAGAGAACACACACAGGAUCUUAUAUCUGUGGUCAAUGUGGUAAAAGUUUUGGUCAAUCUUGCCAUCUGAUUCAACACCAGAGGACACACACAGGAGAGAAAUCUCAUAGCUGUGACCAGAGAUAAUCUUAAGGAGUUGUUUCAUGAUAUCAAUGAAUUAAUGUCACAAUGUAGAAUGUUUCAACAUUGUAGUAGGAGUAUUUUAAUGAUUUCACAAUGUAGAAGCUUAAACGUUUGCCCCCUUAUGAAUUGAUUUCAACAUGGAUAUUAGCCUCAGGGGGAAAAUCCAGGCUCUGAAAUGGAAGAGUACUAUUUAUGUGAUUUAACAAAAAUGGACAAAGAAAAAAAAGAGUACAAAUACAUUCAAUUUGAAUAGCCCUUCUUACAUCAGCUGAUAUCUCAAAGUGCUGUACAGAAACCCAGCCUAAAACCCCAAACAACGCAGGUGUAGAAGCACGGUGGCUAGGAAAAACACCCUAGAAAGGACAAAACCUAGGAAGAAACCUAGAGAGGAACCAGGCUAUGAGGGGUGGCCAUUCCUCUUCUGGCUUUGCCGGGUGCAGAUUAAAACAGAACAUGGCCAAGAUGUUCAAAUGUUCAUAAAUGACCAGCAUGGUCAAAUAAUAAUAAUAAUCACAGUAGUUGUCGAGGGUGCAACAGGUCAGCACAUCAGGAGUAAAUGUCAGUCGGCUUUUCAUAGCUAAUCAUUAAGAGGAUCUCUACCGCUCCUGCUGUCUCUAGAGAGUUGAAAACAGCAGGUCUGGGACAGGUAGCACGUCCGGUGAACAGGUCAGGGUUCCAUAGCCGCAGGCAGAACAGUUAACUGGAGCAGCAGCACGGCCAGAUGGACUGGGAACAGCAAGGACUCAUCAUGCCAGAUAGUCCUGAGGCAUGGUCCUUGGGCUCAAGACCUCCGAGAGAGAGAAGGAAAGAGAAAAUUAGAGCAUACUUAAUUUCACACAGGACACCGGAUAGGACAGGAGAUGUACUCCAGAUAUAUAAAACUGACCCGAGCCCCCCUACACAAACUACUGCAGCAUAAAUACUGGAGGCUGAGACAGGAGGGGUCAGGAGACACUGUGGCCCCAUCCGAUGAUACUCCUAGACAGGGCCAAACAGGAAGGAUAUAACCCCACCCACUUUGCCAAAGCACAGCCCCCACACCACGACAGAGGUAUCUUCAACCACCAACUUACCAUCCUGAGACCAGGCUGAGUAUAGCCCAUAAAGAUCUCCGCCAAGGCACAACCCAAGGGGGGGCGCCAACCCAGACAGAGAGAUCACGUCAUAUUAUAUUGACAUUGUUGCCCUGUUUUUAGAAUAUCAGGGUUAAUUCUCACGUGCCAAACCAAAUGUACUAGAGCAUGACAUUGGGGACUGGGUCCAGAGCCAACAACAUGCCUAUUGAGUGAUCCCUGAAAAGAGAGAGAAGCUCCACAGUGAGGUGGAAAGUUACGGAUAUUGCAGGAGUUUCCUCUUGAAAUCGGACAUGUCCGCGGUAAGGAAAAUUUGGUUGCUGAUUAUCUCUGGGGUCAAAAAGAUUUGUGUUUUGCGUUUAUCCAGUGUUUUUAUUUGGAGUUUUAUCUAUUUUUCUUUUCUGUAUUGAAACUGCACUGUUGGUUAGGGGCUCGAAAGGAAGCAUUUCACUGUUGUAUUCAGCGCAUGUGACUAAUACAAUUUGAUUUGUGUUUUGUUUGGGCUCGUUCCAAGGGGAAGAGAGUUCUAGAAGCUAGUGGGUUUUAGGAUUCUAUAGAAAGAAAAGGAGAAAAAAUAAACAAUCGUAUUAUUUUAUUAUUUAGGAAUAGGUGUUUUUUUUCUUGUUUUUAAUUGUUGACAGCCAGUAGACGCCAUGUUUAUAUUGGUGAAGCAUUGUAGUUGAUUAUAAUGUCAACUGGAAGUUGUUUUCUGUUGGUGGUGAGCAAACUUGUCCAACAAAAAUAUAGCAUAUAAGGGGGGAGGUGUUCCAGGCUUUGGUUUUUCCAUUUAUGCUUUGAGGUUGGACUUUCACGUGUCUUGCUCGUUGGCACGUUUAGCUCGUUAGCACAUAGGACGCACUGAUCGGUGUCACCUCGUUAGUCGGUAUGUGUUACACCUGUGCUGGCUUGUCCAUCUCGUUGGUGGGAAGGUGCUUUACCUGAGCUGGUCCAGGUUCUAUUUAAGAGUGUCUGGCCUCUUAAUAUUUGAAUCUAUGGCAUUUUCUUAGGGUGCUCAUUAGUCUUCUGUUUGAUAUGUACUAAAUAUUUCAGUUUUUUUCCCUGUGAAGCCAUUGUGUUGCAUUCAUGUCUGAAAUGUGCUGUACAAAUAAAGCUUGAUUUUGAUUUCAACAAAUGAACCCAAUCAACAGACUCCAGGGGCCUGUUGCACAAAACUAGGAUAAGGGAUUAAACCAGGAUGGAUAUCUUGGUGAUCCUGGCUCAAUUGAUCCGUAAUCCGGUUGCACUAA